UAUCAAGGGUUCAUCAUCAGAGCUGUGCAUGUUCAACAAUGUUAUCAUCGAUGGAAACCAAAACCACCAAGAACCAAAGCUCGAGAACUUCCUUGGCGGCCACGAACACACCGACACUACUACUAGUAGUGCAGGUGCAGGAGCAAGAGACUACAUCUUCUCAUCAUCUCUCUCUUCUUGCCAUCAUCAGCUGCUGCCUCCUACAACAACAAACAUUAUAAUUAACAACAGUACUGACGGAGGCAUAGAAGAAGCCAACAACAACAAUAAUAAUAUUGGGUUGUCCAUGAUCAAGACUUGGCUCAGGAACCAACCUCAACCGGCUGAGACAAAGAGCUGUAGCCCUGGCGGUGGUCUACAAACUUUGUCCCUCUCCAUGACUAGUACUGCUGGUGGUGAGAGCUCUUGUUCUGAUUUUAACAACAACAAUACUACUAGUAGUACUGCUAAUAAUAAGCAGCAAAAUGACCCAACAACUACUCCUGCUACUGGCCAUGGAGGAGAACAAGUACGGGAGGCUGCAGUGCCUAAGAAAUCCAUUGAUACUUUCGGACAAAGGACUUCUAUAUAUCGGGGUGUAACCAGACAUAGAUGGACAGGAAGGUAUGAGGCACAUCUUUGGGAUAAUAGUUGCAGAAGAGAAGGUCAAACUCGCAAGGGAAGGCAAGUUUACCUGGGAGGUUAUGACAAAGAAGAUAAGGCAGCAAGAGCAUACGAUCUAGCAGCCCUCAAGUACUGGGGAACUACUACCACAACAAAUUUCCCUAUUAGCAACUACGAAAAGGAGUUGGAGGAAAUGAAGCACAUGACUAGGCAGGAGUACGUUGCCUCCCUGCGAAGAAAGAGUAGUGGUUUCUCUCGUGGUGCAUCCAUAUAUCGAGGAGUAACUAGGCACCAUCAGCAUGGACGAUGGCAGGCAAGGAUCGGAAGAGUUGCUGGGAACAAAGACCUUUACUUGGGAACUUUCAGCACCCAAGAGGAAGCAGCGGAAGCGUAUGACAUUGCAGCGAUCAAAUUUCGGGGGCUGAAUGCAGUGACCAACUUCGACAUGAACAGGUAUGAUGUCAACAGCAUUAUGGAGAGCUCCAGUUUGCCAAUUGGGGGAGCAGCAAAGCGCCUCAAGGAGGUUGAGCAGGCUUCAGCUGAAACAACAUUGGCAUUGGACGCACAUUUGCUGCGGAGAUCAAGAUCCUCAUCAGAUCCUCAUCAUCAUCAUCAUGACAAUAUUAUCUCAUCUCACCAAUAUCAUCCUCAUCAGCUCAUGAAUUUUGACUGCUGGUCGCAGAAUCAGACCACCACUUCAGCAGCAGCAGCAUUGCAACAAGCUCAUCAUCAGCAAUAUUACAGCAUGAUGAACCACUACAACAACAACAGAGUUUGGUGCAAGCAAGAAGUUCAAGAUGAUCAUCAUCAGAUGACACUAAUGGGGAACAAUAAUAGUACCCACAAUUUCUUCCAUCCGGCUGCUUAUAAUAAUAAUAAUAACAAUCAUCAACAUCAACUCAUGAUGAGCUUGGACAAUUCUUCUUCAAUUGACCAACAACAUCAACAUAGCUAUGCCCAUGGAGGAGGAGUGGAAGAGGUAAUACCUUUGAUGAACACGGUCAUAGCCAAUCAAAGCCAUAUUCAUCAAGCAUCUGUGAAUGGGAAUGAGAAUGGUAAUGGGUUUGGAGAUAAUGAUCAAUUACACAUGUUUAUGUCCUCAUCAUCACCAUCGUCUUCCUCAUCUUCGGAUCCAUACAAUCAUGCAAGGAACUUUUACUACUUGUCUCAGCAGCUGCAGCAACAAUCAGGAGUUGAUCAGGGCAACAAUUGGGUGCCAACUGCUGUCCCUAGUGCUCUUGUUAUGGGGAGGUCUAACUGUUUGGCUCCAACUUUCACUCUAGAUGGUGAUGAAGAAGGAAUAUAUUUAAGAAAUAUUGUAUUCCUAAUUUUGGUUUUUCGUCGUCAAGCUCUUCUAUCUUCUUCUUCUUCUUCUUCGAGCGAAACAGACAGCGUCGUCGAUUCUUUCUGA